AUGGCUGCUGACAGUGAUCCCGAGUCGGAGGUAUUUGAGAUCACCGAUUUCACUACCGCAUCGGAGUGGGAGAGGUUUGUGACCAGGGUCGAGGAGGUGCUGAACGAUUGGAAGCUGAUUGGUAGCAGUGCAGGAAGACCUCUGGAGAAGGGUGAAUACUGUACUGGCACCUGGGAGGAGAAGAAUCAGGACAUAAACUUUGCCGAUUUCAAAUUCUCAGUAACACAUCAUUAUCUGAAGCAGGAUUCAGCUGAGAAUGAUGGAAGGGAGGAACCUGAAGAAGAUGCUGUCCCCGGAGCCAUGCAGGACCUGCUGUGUAUGAAUAAUGACUUCCCUCCCAGAGCGCACUGCCUCGUCAGAUGGUACGGUCUGCGCGAGUUUGUGGUCAUUUCUCCGGGGGCGAACUGUGAGGCCAUCAUCAGCGAAUCCAAAUGUAACCUGCUGCUGAGCUCCGUCUCCAUCUCACUCGCCAACACAGGCUGCCAGGUUCCCGUGUUCGUCCAGAUCCAGCAGAAAUGGCGGCGGAUGUACGCUGGCGAGUGCCAGGGACCGGGCGUGCGCACCGACUUCGAGAUGGUGCACCUCCGCAAAGUGCCCAGCCAGUACAACCACCUCUCCGGCCUACUGGACAUCUUCAAGUCCAAGAUUGGCUGCCCUCUCACCCCCCUGCCGCCCAUCAGCAUCGCCAUCAGGUUCACGUACGUCCUCCAGGACUGGCAGCAGUGCUCCUGGCCCCAGCAGCCCCCAGAUUUCGAUGCUCUCCUGGCCGGGGAGGUGGGUGGGGUGGAGUUUGGGAAACUCCCCUUUGGGGCGUGCGAAGACCCUAUCAGUGAGCUACAUUUGGCAACCACGUGGCCUCAGCUGACGGAAGGGAUUGUGGUGGACAAUGACGUGUAUUCCGAUUUGGAUCCUCUUCAGGCUCCCCAUUGGUCAGUGAGAGUAAGGAAAGCAGACAACCCCCAGUGCUUGUUGGGUGACUUCUUGAUGGAGUUCUUCAAGCUGUGCUGUCGGAAGGAGUCCACCGAGGAUAUUCUGGGGAAGAAUUCUCUUGAGGAAGAGGGCAAAGAGAACAGUGACAUCAGCCAGGCUCUGUCCAAACUGACGGAGCCCAGCACGGUGCCCAUGUCCCGGCUGUCCGUGUCCAACAUGGUCCACAGCGCGCGCAGGCGGAUCCGCCGGCACCGCCGCGUCGAGGAGUCGCCGCUCAGCAGCGACGUGCUCAACUCCAUCCUGCUGUAUCUGUUUCCAGACGCCACCGAGAGACCCUCUGAGGGAAGCGACGGCAAGGCUGCUCAAUCGAACGCCGAAUCCAAGGUGGACAAGGAGUCGGAGGACUACAAGCUGUACAACCAGCUGAAGUCGGCACCCUCGGACAGUCUGACAUACCGCCUGGCGCUCUGCCUCUGCAUGGUCAACUUCUACCACGGGGGAGUGCGGGGCGUGGCGCACCUGUGGCAGGAGUUUGUGCUGGAGAUGCGCUACCGCUGGGAGAACAACCACCUGGUGUACGGGCUGGCUAGCGGGCCUCCGGACCUCAGGUGCUGCCUCCUCCACCAGAAGCUGCAGAUGCUGAACUGCUGCAUCGAGAGGAAGAGGAGCAGGGACGAAGGGCGGAAGGGCGGCGGGGGCGCGGAGGCCGGGAGGGAGAGGAAGGUGUCGGGGUGCGAGAACGGGCGGCUGGGCUCGGCGGAGGGGGCGGAGGCCUCCUUCGGGAAGUCCUGGGACUCCUGGAGCGACAGCGAGGGCGAGGACGAGUUCUUCGAGUGCCUGAGCGACACGGAGGAGCUGAAGGAGGCCCCGCCCGACGGGGGGAAGGGCGCGGCCAAGCCCAAGCCCGAGGGCCGCCUGCACCCCCACGGCAAGCUGACCCUGCUCAACUCCAGCGAGCCCCUCUACAUCCCCGUCACGCAGGAGCCGGCGCCCAUGACCGAGGACCUGCUGGAGGAGCAGUCGGAGGUCCUGGCCAAACUGGGGACGUCGGCCGAAGGGGCCCACCUCAGGGCCCGCAUGCAGAGCGCCUGCCUGCUCUCCGACAUGGAGUCCUUCAAGGCGGCCAAUCCCGGGUGCUCCCUGGAGGACUUUGUGCGGUGGUACUCCCCGCGGGACUACGUGGAGGAGGAGACCGACGAAAACGGUCAGACAGUUGUCAGGGGCGACCUGAGCGCCCGGAUGAAGAUCCCGGGGAACAUGUGGGUGGAGGCCUGGGAGACCGCCAAGGCCACGCCCGUGCGCCGGCAACGCAGGCUCUUCGAUGACACCAAGGAGGCGGAGAAGGUGCUGCACUACCUGGCGGUGCAGAAGCCGGCCGACCUGACCCAGCACCUGCUGCCCUGCGUGCUGCAGGCCGCCAUCCUCAAGAUGAAGGACGAGGAGUCGUCCGAGGACAUCCCUUCUGUGCGGAAAACCAUCCAACAAGUCAUCUCCCACUCCAGCAAACUCCUGCGUCACCCCAAUCCAGACAACAAAAAGCUGGAGGACGUCAUCAGCCAGCUCAUGGAGAUGGAGGCGGUGGUGGCCCGUGCCCGCUCGCUGAAGGCCAAGUUCGGGAUCGGGAAGGGCGAGAGGGGCAACGAUGCUGAGGACCUGGAGAGAUUUGUCAGCUCCCUCCUGGAGGAGCCAGAGGUGAUGGUGAUUGGUGCUGGACGAGGUCCUGCUGGCAGCAUCAUCCACAAAUUAUUUGUCAACGCACAGAGGUUGGCUGACUCCACAGAUGAGACGGCCCUGCUGUCACCGAUGGAGGAAGAGUCAGGGAGGGCGGGCGUGGCCGAGGACAGGAGACCCGGAGGGGGCGGGGUGCCGGACUUCCCUCCCCCCGCGGGGCGGGAGAUCCUGCUGCGUACCUGCGUGCCGCGGCCCGCCCCCUACUCCAAGGCCCUCCCACAGCGGAUCUUCUGCGUGCUCAUGAGGGACGACUUCAGACUGGCCGGGGCCUUCUCCUCCGACACCUCCUUCUUCUGAGCGGCCCGAGCGACUGGGGGAGGGGGAGGGGCAAGGGGGGCGGAGCCACCGGGGACACCGCUCACAGGGCCCGCCGUCCUCUCCCCCCCAGUCCCCCACAGCGUAAGCCGACUCACAUCCUCUCUCAACUCUCCCACAACCACAUCACCAUACAUAUUUAAUGAACCAUCUGUGUGCAUUUACACCCAUCCGGAUCCAGCUGAAGUAUUUCUCUGAGGGAAUUAUUUCUUGAGUUUUUUUUUUUUUGUACGUUAUGUUAGUCUUACUUUUAAUUGUACAAUUUUUCCAUGUAAUCAAGAGCCAAAAAAAAGAGGGGGGGAAAAAUAACCGCUUAAUUAUCUGAGAGCCGAGGAAGCGACGGACCGUCCCCGCUUCACGACGUGAUGUUGACAUUGUGUGCUCGUAAUUAGCGAAAUUUGUACACUUUAAAAACGGUGAGAAAAUGAAAAUUCACUUCAGCAUCUGUGAACUUGUAGCGCUGCAUAACCAAGUGUCUGUACAAAAAAAAAACGUCCCAUCCCACCCAUCUCGUCACAUCCCUUAAACAAAGAGGUUAUAUUUUCAGAUACUGAAAUACGCAAAGAUUCUUUUCGUGCCACUAGAUCGUGUCGUUUGUGGCUUUGUGACACAAGUGUUGUUUACCGAGUGGUUUAAAUGCAUUAAACAGCCUCAGUUAGGCCUGUUCUCCCUCUAAUUUGAGUGCGGUAGUGUAUAUAAUUAUCACUUGUAUGAGAGGGCCACAAUGCAUGCGUGUAGACAUGGUAACUAGCAUAUUUUUAAUACAUAACAAACCUUGGUUGAAAGUGCAAUUAUAGAGAUUAUAUAUUGUGAAGAUGUAGCCUUACCAUCUGCGGCGAAGAAAAAUGUCAUGGUUAAUGUCGUUAGUGCAGUUCCUAUGACUAAUGAUGUAAGGUCUGAUUAAUGGUUAAAUUACUGAGUAAUUUUAUCGUAUAUCCUGGAGGAAACAACGGAUAUUUCAUACGUAUCUUGUCAGUUGUGGACUCAACAUAUUAUGAAUGAUGUUGUUAUUGUGGAAUUAGCCAAAGUAUGCACAUUUCAGCUGGGUGUAUUGGGCUUAAAUGUUGGACGGCUCCUGGUUUGAUACUCUAAAAAUGGGUAUGAAUAAAGUUUUAAUGGAAAAUGAAAGCAUCGCUUUUUUUAUUUUACUUGACUGUAUAACUCGAUAUUUGUGCUGCUAGAUCUGUUGAUAAAAAUUGUGUCCUCGGUGAGAUAAAAUCAUGGUUUGUAUUUUCAAAUGUCGAAUAUAUUCUCUUGCAUUAUGUGACUUCAGUCAUAUUUGCCUGUGUAAACUGAUGUUAUGGAAACUGUGAGCUAUGUACAGCUCCGUGGGUAAAGCAGUGAAUGAAAUAAAUGUAAUUUGUCUUUGA